GAUGAGCUGUCAGCAGCUGAGUGACAGUCAAUGACAGUGACUGAGUGACAGUCAGUCACAGUGGCAGUAGUGUAGUUUCAGAUUCUCAAGUCCAGACCUCAAGAACAGUGAAUAGGUCCCUGGCCUGGCCAGGUUUUUGAGCUCUUUGCCUCUUUGACUCCAACCAACAGAAGAUGAGUUUGAAGUUAAGUGAUCUCCAGCAUGGUACAAAGGAAAAUGGCGAUUGUUGCAAUAGUCCAGCCAUGCCACCAGAAUGGUUGGACCGGGCUAAAUUCAAUCGGGGACGGAAAUUCUUCAUGGACCACUUUGUCUCAGUGCUUUUGGGAAUGUACACUUCCUUGGCUAGUGGACUCUGUGUCACGAAUCUAUUGGUUCCAUUAGUGUACACGAAGAAGUCUGAUACUCCAACUAAAUCAUUCAGGCGCUACUUCUCCACAUUCCGACAGGUUGUCCUGUGGCAUCUUGGUGAUGUCUGGGACUCGCCGCAUGGUGUGGCUCAUGAAUCUAUCCUCAACGUCCGACAUAUGCAUAAACACGUGGCAGCCUCAAUGGACCACCAUGAACCAGGGAAACUCCAUGUCUCUCAGUAUGAUAUGACAUUGGUUCAAUGCGGCUUCAUGGGUGCUAUUGUCAUGUACCCUAAACAAUUUGGAAUCUCCUGUAGAGAAUCUGAUCUCGAAGACUAUAUACAUUUCUGGCGUGGCAUAGGAUAUCUCUUAGGAAUAGAUGACAAGUACAACUUAUGCCAAGGGAGUUAUGAUGAAACGUAUUCCAUAUGCAAGGAGAUAGAGACAGAAACUAUAAUUCCUGCCUUAGAUAACCCACCAUCAGACUUCAAAAAGAUGGUCAAGGCCUUCAUUGAAGGCUCCAACAUCCCAGUCAAGUUCAAACUCUUCUCAUUCGAGGCUAUAUUUGCCUGGAUUUAUGAAAUCAUGGGUCUUUCUCUUCCAGCGGUGAAGCUUGGUUUUGUCGAUGGUAUAAGAUACCGGUUGUAUAAGGGGGUUGUGAGAAUUCUUCGGUCAUUUCCGUCUGUUGAACGCGUGGUGAAUGGGUGGUUUGUGAAACAGUGGUAUAAGUUUCUGAAAUUGGAGAGAAAUACAGAAAUCAUUGCAUGAUCGGAAGAAAGUUCUCAAGCCACCAUUAAAAUUUGAUUUAUUGGAUAUGAAUACUCUUAAAACUAAAGGUUAAGUAGGCAGGCAAGUCAUCAGCAAAAUGGAUUAAUGGGUAACAUGAGGCAAACAGCAUUUUAUGAACAGCCUCAAAUACAUUUUUCCAUGAGUUUUGCUUGCCUUACCAUGGUGCAAUAAAACGGUAAAAUUAUUGAAGCACAGUAUGUGUAAUCUAUGGCAUGGGCUUGUUCGUUUCAAAAUUUCUGCUGCAUUCAUUCGCAGUGGUUCAUUCAAAAUUCUACUUGAGGAAAAUGAUGGUGCAGGGACCAAGUUGUGUUACCAUUUUCCUUUUGUUUUCUGUCCUCAUUGAAUGAAUUGAACCACAACAAUAAGGUAUGUUUAUAUCCUAGGGUCAUCUUAUUUACCCUUCAUCGACUGGUGUUAAUCUCAGGGUCUACAUUUAUAUCAAAUUAUCAUACCAGUGCACAAAUACAUUAUGUGACUAAAUUGCAUCAAACACCAUCACUAACCUGUAGUUUUGUUGCAGAAAAGGGACGUAUAAAAUUUAUUUCUUGGACAUUGAAAGCAGCGGUGAAAAGGCGAGAUAUAUGACCUGUCCUUUAGCAUGAUUUUGUCAUAAAAUGGGCAAGACUAUUCCAUCUGAAUUGGUUACAUUGCAUACCUUGUCUAGAGUAUUCCGAUUUCUUCUGACCCUGCCGUAGUUUUUGUAUUAGAUAUAUGUGUUGCUAAAAAUGGUGCUCUUUUCUUUUGAACUGUAAUUUAUUUCACGCUUUGCCUUGAUUGUGUGUUAAUCAUGUGCUAAUCAUGUUUAUUUUAAAACGGAUUACAUGCAGUUUGAAAUUGUUAGUGCUUUCACAUGGUAUUUAUUAUCAUUAUUAUUAUUAUUAUUAUUAUCUCACAAACUCCUGUGUUCAUGAUCAUGCCAAUCACUCAUAUUUCUAAAGUAAAGCCUCUCUGAAGUAACAUGGGUUGUAAAGGUUUUAAAGAGACCCUAAGGACUGAAAAAUGCUGUCCUUUAUUUCUAAAGUAAAGCCUCUCUGAGGUAACAUGGGUUGUAAAGCUUUUAAGGAGACCCUAAGGACUGAAAAAUGCUGUCCUUUAUUGAAUGGUGUCCUAAUCACAGAGGUAGAAUUCAAUGGAAAUAACCUAUAUUGGACAAACUGCAGUGAAAUCAAUAGAGAAGGCGUUCUUAAUAGAGAGGUGUCUGCUAAGGCAGGUACUAAUGCAUUUAAAUAAACUUGAAGUAACACAAGUCGUUAAGGUUUUUGAAUAAACUUGACAUUGUUGGAAAAUAUCUGUGGAGUCAAGUCGUGUUUUACAGCUCUAUGUCCUAAAUAGAUCACAUAUUUGUGACUCGCUCUACCAAAACUAGGCGCUUGUCGCAUCUGAACUUGACAGGUUGAUACGGACUUGUUGUUCAUUUCCCUAUUGUAGACCUUUUGUGAAAUCUA